AAGUUCCACUUCACGACGCGCAACAAAGAAAAAAAGCAUGGAGACGACAAUCCUCAGCUCCCGCGAAGCAGCAGCAUCCGGGUUCCCGACGAACCCCGAGGAAUUCGACGCGGACGAGCGCAUCUCGUUCUCGAAGCUGGACGGCAAGUUCCUGCUGGUGCAGGACGACGGGGCCGAGUUCGAGUUCGACGAGGCGCUGCGGCGCUGGGUGCCGGUGCUGGACGAGGCGCUGCUGGAGGAGCAGCAGCGAGCGUAUCGGGUGUCUGGGGUCGAUGAGCACGAGCCGGUGGCGGCGGCGAGGAGGAAGAGGAAGAAGGAAUAUGUCAAUGGGGAGGAUGAGGAAGGCGGACGAGCAGUACGAGCCAGCAAGAAGCCCAAGCCGGCGCGAGAACCACGCGCCAACACCGCCGUCUACGUAACGGGCCUCCCAGCCGACGCCACAGUCGACGAAGUAGCCUCGGUCUUCUCUCGCAAGUGCGGCGUGAUCGCCGAGGAGAUCGAUAGCGGGCGGCCGCGGAUCAAGCUCUACACGGACGAGCACGGGGCGUUCAAGGGCGACGCGCUGAUAGUAUUCUUCAAGCCCCCGUCAGUGGACAUGGCCAUCAUGCUACUGGACGACACGCCCCUGCGGAUCGACGACGGGCCUGAAGCGCCGCGCAUGCGCGUCCAGGCCGCCGAUGCGAGUUAUAAGAAGGUCCAGCAUGGCGCGGGGGAGGAAGGGGGCCAACCAACAACGGCGGAAGGCGAGCGGGAACGCGAACGCCAGCGCACGAGCGCGCGCGAGAAACAGAAGAUCAUCAGGAAGACGCAGAAGCUGGACGCGCGCCUCGCGGACUGGAGUGAUGACGAGCCGGCGACGAUGAUGGGCGAGUCCAGCAGCGGCGGCGGCGGCAGUUCGCGCUGGGACAAGGUCGUCAUCCUCAAACACAUGUUCACGCUCGAGGAGCUCGCCGAGGACCCGGCCGCGAUCCUGGAUAUCAAGGAGGAUAUCCGCGAGGAGUGCAGUAAGUUGGGCGAGGUGACGAAUGUGGUGUUGUUCGACCUCGAGGCUGAGGGCGUGGCGAGCGUGCGGUUUACGAGUGCCGAGGCGGCGAGGGCGUGCGUGCGGCUUAUGGAUGGGAGGAGUUUUGCGGGGCAGAAGGUGGAGGCGUAUAUUUCUAAUGGGCAGGAGAAGUUCAAGAAGUCGAAGAAGAAGGCGGAUGAUCAUGAGGAGGAGGAGGAGGAUAAGGUAUAGAUGCAGCAGCAGCUGCUGCAUGAUGAGACGAUUGUACGAUAGGGGGAUAUUUGGCC